UUUAACCAUUCGGUCACCGAACCUGAGGUUCGGAAUUAGGCUCGGAUACCAAAAGCAACUCUUUUCUCUCGAGAAAAGCCAAAGCAACCAUCGAAGAAAAUAAUGCAACCAAAAAAAAUAAGAGAGAGAAAGAGAGAGUUAAUAAAAAGAUAAAUUAAAAGAGACUCAGUUUCUAGAGAGAGAGCGUGUUUCUAGAGAGAGAGAGAAACCGAAGCAGAAACAGUGAAAGUGAAGCAGAAAGGGAUGGGACAGAUCGUGAAGAGGAAGAAGAAAGGAAGGCCAUCGAAGGCGGAUCUAGCACGACGGUCAUCUUCCGGUCAAAGUCCGGCUGCUUCAACUGAGAAGAUUGAUAGGCGGCGAAGCCUCCGGCGAAGGAAUGUACGGUACAAUAACUUCAUAGACUACGAUGAUUACCUUGACGAGUUUGAAGAGUAUGAACAGAUUCAUCAAGAUAAUAAGAAUAGUAGUAAUAAUAAUAAUCAUAUUAAUGAGGAUGAAGAAGACGAAGACGAUGACGAUGAUGAUGGUGAAGAAGAGGAUGAAAGAAGGAAAGAGAAGAAGCUCAAGUUAGUAGUCAAAAUACACAACCAGAGAGCGGCGCGUGGAGGUCACGCUCGUGAAGAGGCAUCUUCGUCUGAGGAGGAAGAGGAGAGCGAAAGGAAGAUAUUGAAGAAGAGGAAAAUCAACGGCGGAGAUGAUAGUGAAGCGGAGGCGGAGAGUGAAAAUGAUCGUGGAAAUGAUGAUGACGAUGAUGAUAAUAACGAUCAAGAGGAAAAGGAAAUUAAAGCUGAUACUACGAAAGUGCAGGAGGAUUCUGUACCAGGUACACCAUCUGAUCAUCCAAACGGAUUACCUUUGCCUGAUAAGAAGUCUCUCGAGUUAAUCCUUGACAAGCUUCAAAAGAAGGACACUUACGGCGUGUAUGCAGAACCGGUGGAUCUUGAAGAGCUUCCUGAUUAUCUUGACGUGAUUGAUCAUCCAAUGGACUUUGCCACAGUGAGGAAGAAGCUGGGGAAUGGGUCAUACUCUACCUUGGAACAAUUUGAGAGUGAUGUGUUUCUUAUUAGCUCAAAUGCAAUGCAAUACAAUUCACCAGAGACCAUAUAUCAUAAACAGGCACGUGCCAUCCAAGAGCUGGCAAGAAAGAAGUUCCAGAAGCUAAGGAUUGACAUUGAACGCUCUGAGAAGGAGCUCAAGUCAGAAAUGAAAACAAAACCCAAUUUCUUGGGCUCUGAGAAGGAGCUCAAGUCAGAACAGAAAACAAAACCCAACUUCUUGGCCAAGAAGCAAAUGAAGAAACCUAUGAGCCGAGCUGUGCAGGAGCCCAUAGGCUCUGAUUUCUCUUCAGGUGCCACUCUUGCCACUGCUGGUGAUAUCCAGAAUGGUUUUGUUGCUACUCAAGCUAGUGGCUGUGAUAGGCCUACUAAUGUUGAUGGGCCUGUAGAGGGAAACUCUUCCCUGAUUGAUAAUAAUCUGGAUAGAGCAGAAGAGCUAUCGUCAGUAGGGAAGGGCCUCCUGUCAAAAUUUGGGAGGAAGUCAUCCGUACUUGAUGAUAACCGUCGUGCAACUUAUAAUAUAUCCAAUCAACCAGUGGUUAGAUCAGAGUCAACAUUUACAACAUUUGAGGGUGAAAUCAAGCAGCUGGUUGCUGUUGGGCUUCAUGCAGAAUAUUCUUAUGCACGGAGCAUGGCUCGUUUUGCUGCAACUCUUGGACCCGUUGCAUGGAAAGUUGCCUCUCAAAGGAUUGAGAAAGCAUUACCUCCGGGUUUUAAGUUUGGUCGUGGGUGGGUUGGUGAAUAUGAACCACUGCCAACACCAGUGUUAAUGGUUGAAACACGAAUGCAGAAAGAACCUCUUUUCUUUACAAAGUUACAAAGUGCUGUUGAUGCGCAAAAGGGUGACUUAACUUCAAGAACUCCGGUUCCUUCUAAGGAGAACCAUAGUAGAUUACCAACUUCAGAAGCAAAGCCAUCUUUGUUUCACUCAGCAAGCGGGCCCAUCUUAGAAGGAAAACCGUCCUUGUUUCCUUCUGCUGGAUCAAAACUCAGUACUCCCAUCCCUAUUAAUCCCACAAAUCAGAAGCAAAACCUUCCAUCCAGGAAUUUUGCCGAGGCUCAGAAUAAGACUUCAAAACAAGUUGAACUCAAUUUUCCCCCUUCAAACUAUCAACAUGAUGCUGAUGUUGUAGAAAAGCAGCUUGCAAAUAAUUCAAAAAUGGCAGCUCCCAAGCCAAGGGAGGUGCCAAGGACAGUGGGGCUAAUGCAGUCAAUGCCUUCAAAGCAGGCGGAUAAUAAUGCUUCUGUAGGGUUGCCUAAUGGGAAAAUGCCUAAUGCCUUGAAUAGUAGACUUAUUGGUUCAUCUUCUGAUAGUGUUCAGAGUCAAAUGACUAGAGCAGCAUUCCUCGUUCAGGGACAGGAGCAGGUUCUUAAUGAUCCAGUUGAGUCGAUGAAAAUGUCAGCUGAAAGGUUUCUAAAACAGCAGAAACCUUCAAAUCAAUCCUCAGGUGAUACUUCACUAGUUAUGCAGUCAGUUCCACCUGUAAGAAAUGAUACAAGCAAUGCUGCUGCUGCUGCUGCAGCACGAGCCUGGAUGUCUAUAGGUGCUGGGGGGUUUAAACCACCCACUGAAAAUUCUCCUGCACCCAAAAAUCAGAUCUCUGCAGAGUCAUUAUACAAUCCAACUCGGCAACUCCAUCAACAAAUUCCACGAGUACAGGGGCAGUUUCCUCUUCCUGCAGGAAUGCAAUUACAUUCUGAGAAGAAUAAUUUUCCAUUUCAAGCAUUUAUGAGGCCACCUGCUCACACAGGAAAUGAUGGACAGUUUCCAAAUAGACCUAUUGUUUUCCCUCAAUUUGUGGCAACUGACUUGUCUAGGCUUCAGAUGCAAUCCCCUUGGCGAGGGCUAAGUCCGCAUUCUCAACAAAAGCAAAAACAGGAGACACUUCCUCCCGACUUGAAUAUUGGUUUCCAGUCUCCAGGGUCGCCAGUGAAACAGUCUUCAGGUGUCAUGGUCGACUCACAGCAGCCAGAUCUGGCAUUGCAGCUCUGAGAAUGAGUGGAGUUAUUGGAGGAACUGGAGAAAUGACGGAGUGCAGAGGUAAUCUUGGUUCUGGCCUCGGGAAUUCAUAAUCUUUUGUCCUCUACACCUCAGCUUCUAGAAAUUUCAGAAUGCGUCCAGGUUACUGAUGCAACACGAGGUCUGGUCCGCCUAAUUUGACGUUGGGAUUUCAACUCUCUGACUUCGAUUCAUAAGAUGGAGAUCUGGAUUGGUGCUGGCUAGGUUUUAUCUGUAUAAAGGAGGAAUUUUUGCAUUUGUGAUAGAUGAAAUGACUCCUGGAGAUUGGCCGGUAGAUGAUUUUGACAGUGCUACAUGUUUCUUUUCCUAAUGAAGAUUACUGACUUAGAACUGUACUUGGUUUCUGCCGAGGCGUUGGAAAAUUAUUGAAAGAGUUGGGCACAAGGCUUUUUGAUCCCUAGGAUUAUCGUCUAUUGAUCAUAAAUUCUAAAUCAAAUGGAUCACGCAUUACCAGCAAUCCCUUGUACAUUAGAUACAAGUGGACGAGAGUUGCCUAGAUUCUACUUCUCUUGAUUCCUUUAAUGUGAAUGCAUUCAUAGUUUCUUUUUAUAGCACUUGCGCUGUUUCUGUACAUUGCGAAUUAUGCUCUCAGAAAAUGGAAAAAAGAGAGAAAGAAAAAGGAAAAGAAAGAUUUUCUGAUGGCUCCUUCUAGUUCUGUGAAUGGUGCUUGUUGAAGACGUGAAACUUCAUAUGUUAAGCUAGGUUUGUUAUCAGGAUCAGGGGUAGAGUUUAGCAUCGAUUUUGGUGAGUUUCGCUGAAAUCGAACUGAAAAAGUACCGAAAUCAAAUUGAAUCAAUCUGAAAAUAUUUAAUAUUUUACUA